AUGGCAACCGCUAGAAUAGUUGUUUACGGAGGACGUGGUGCAUUAGGAGCCGCAUGUGUUAACCAUUUUAAAAAGGCUAAUUGUUGGGUUGCCAGUAUUGAUCUCAAUCCAAAUGAAAGUGCAGAUUUGAAUAUUACGGUUCCAAAGGACGCAUCAUGGCUACAGCAAGAGGAACAUGUUGUUAAAGAACUGGACACGGCACUACAAGGUCAAAAAGUGAAUGCAGUUAUAUGUGUAGCUGGUGGUUGGGCAGGAGGAAAUGCAGUGAAGGACCUUAGCAAGCAGGCAGAUUUAAUGUGGCGCCAGUCAGUGUGGAGUUCAACCAUAGCAGCCACAGUUGCGGCUAAGUACUUAGCUCCGGGUGGGUUACUUGCUUUGACUGGUGCUAAAGCUGCUUUAGAAGGUACACCUGGUAUGAUUGGAUAUGGUAUGGCUAAAGCUGCAGUGCACCAGCUAACAAAAUCCCUUGGAAGUAAGGAUUCUGGCCUUCCAGAAAAUUCACUGGCAGUUGCUAUAAUGCCCGUUACUCUGGAUACGGAAAUGAACAGAAAGUGGAUGCCUAAAGCCGAUUUCAGUUCAUGGACCCCACUUUCAUUUGUUGCUCAGUUGUUUGAUAAGUGGAUUAAAGGAGAGGAGCGCCCUGCAAGUGGUAGCUUGGUAGCUCUGGUCACUAAAGAUAACAUCACUGAAUUAAUCGUUCAA